AUGAGUGUUGAGGAGAAGAAAAACCUGAUGGACAAACUCGUUAACUCAAGUUUUGCUGUCAGCGGGAUCACGGUUGAGGACCAAGACUUCUACAAAGUGAGUUAUAAAUUUGUUGUAUUAUUUUCUACAAACAUGACAAUAUUCUAUUAGAGAACAUACAAGUGCAUCCCUGUGUAAAGAUAACAAAUAUUCUAUUGGGAGGCAAAAUAUCUGGAUGAGCAAGUUAUGUUGAAUGUAUAACCUCAUACCCCCUUUCCUGUUUAUUUUUUUCAAGGUCCCAUUCCAAGAUGCAUUGGAUCUGGUGGGAACCAGGAAGGUGUACCUGAAGGGAUGUUAUGUCUACAUCCCUCACCAGGACAUUGUCACCACCACAAGACUGUCCAAAGCACUCGCGGUAGGGAGAUUUUUGUAGACCUCAGUUUAGUUUUUUAAUCCCAAAAAAGAAUUACUACAUGGCAUGUAACCUGUAUGUAAUUUGAGUUUAAAGGUGUUCACAUCACAUAAUUCCCAGCCUGACAUAAGCUGUUCCUAUAGGACUUUAUGGAGGUAACUUCAUAUUAUCCUUCAUACUAGUAACUUCAUAUUAUCCUAGGAAUACUCUGCCCCUCAUUAGAAGUCUUAAAUCCACGGAGAAGCGAGGGAGGGAUAUGUUUAUUACGCUCAAUCCAUUUAUUCAUUCAUUAGAAUUGGGGGGUGGCUAUUUACUGGGGGCUAUUCCUUCUCUGCAGGCCAUAUUUACUGGGGGCUAUUCCUUCUCUGCAGGCCAUAUUUACUGGGGGCUAUUCCUUCUCCGCAGGUCAUAUUUACUGGGGGCUAUUCCUUCUCUGCAGGUCAUAUUUACUGGGGGCUAUUCCUUCUCUGCAGGUCAUAUUUACUGGGGGCUAUUCCUUCUCUGCAGGUCAUAUUUACUGGGGGCUAUUCCUUCUCUGCAGGUGGAGGAGGGUUCUAACGAUGAUACCAAAAUCGAAAGGAAUAACGCAUUAAAUUAAACUGUGCAUUUGUAGUUCUCACAAUGCCAUUAUCACACUAGCUCACAGGGAAAAAGGGAUCUCAAAUGUCUCUGAGUGGAUAUCUACCAAGGCCCUGUGUUAUGGAGUAAUGCCUUCUCUGAAUAGUAGAACAUAAGUCUGAAUAAAAGCUUUGGUACAGUAAAUGUAAGCAGUAUAGAACAUCUUUAUGAAUGAAAUGCAUAUUUAACAUAGUAUAUUAGAAGAUAAUGGUCGGCGUGCUUUGGUUAAAUGACCGUUCAUGCAUUUAGCUGUUGUGCUAGUUUGAUAUGGCCUGUCUUACAGCAUGUCUUUGGAGAGCACCAGCAUUAAAGCCCCCAGCCCUGACAAGAAAACGAUGAAUUCCAUUGUCAAGGUCCAUUGGUCAGACAGUCCGAUCAGUCAUACAUACUUAAACAAUGCAAUCUAAGAUGUCUGCAGUGCAUUGUCAUUUGCCUACAAUGGAGUAAUUACCUGCAUGGAUGUCAGUGAGCAAUGAGUGGGAUGUCUGAUGAGAUGAUGGUGUGUGUGUUGGGAUGACGUGGUUGUGUGAGCGAUUGGAAGGCAGUGGGACUGGAUAGCUUUUUCCGGCCGUUGAUGGGAGUAGGCGGGAAAUAUGAUGGUUUCUUUAGGCCCGGCUGAGAAUGGAUGACAACGUACACUUGUGUAGGAGUUAUAGAAAAAUCCUGCAAGCCUCCGUCCUCCCCCUCCACGGACCAGACUGAGAUUAAAACCAGGCUGAGAUUAGAGAGAUGUUCUGAGGUUGGCCCUUUAGAAAGCAGAAUAACUGUGUUAUAGGCUAGACCGCAAGGCUUUUCUCCCAAAGACUGAUAACAGUAUGCAGCCUAGGCCUCUUUGUUGGAGCCCCAUUCCCCUUGGCCUAUGUCAUUAUAGCAUUCUUUAUUGUGCUCCUUGCUACAUGUAUAGUAGGUCCUAAUUGGCCAUUUGGAAGUUUCCCUUGGAAAAAAGAUUUGCUGUUGCUGUAAUAUAAACUGCUGUGAGAGAUGGUUUAUUAUAUGGGAAAAUCACAUGAUUACUUACACCAACGUGUUUAGUGUUGAUCGUGUAGAUCUGAGCUCUGCUGAUAGCCAUAUAUAAAGUGUUGUAUAUCAGGUGCUGAGAAAUAUAAACAACUGUCAAAUGUGUUUCCAGUAAGCUUCUCUGCUUUACGAUACAUCAUGCAGUAUUUGUGUAGGCUGGCCUGUAGUAAUUGAAGACAGUCAGUGCUAAGAACAGGUACUGGGGCCUUUUUAGAUGCUACCAAAAAUAAAUAAUAUAUACAGUUGAAGUCGGAAGUUUACAUACACCUUAGCCAAAUACAUUUAAACUCAGUUUUUCACAAUUCCUGACAUUUAAUCCUAGUAAAAAUUCCCUGUCCUAGGUCAGUUAGGAUCACCACUUUAUUUUAAGAAUGUGAAAUGUCAGAAUAAUAGUAUAGAUAAUUAUUUAUUUCAGCUUUUAUUUCUUUCAUCACAUUCCCAGUGGGUCAGAAGUUUACAUACACUCAAUUAUUAUUUGGUAGCAUUGCCUUUAAAUUGUUCAACUUGAGUCAAACAUUUCGGGUAGCCUUCCACAAGCUUCCCACAAUAAGUUGGGUGAAUUUUGGCCCAUUCCUCCUGACAGAGCUGGUGUAACUGAGUCAGGUUUGUAGGCCUCCUUUCUCGCACACGCUUUUUCAUUUCUGCCCUCAAAUGUUCUAUAGAAUUGAGGUCAGGGCUUUGUGAUGGCCACUCCAAUACCUUGAUUUUGUUGUACUUAAGCCAUUUUGCCACAACUAUGGAAGUAUGCUUGGGGUCAUUGUCCAUUUGGAAGACCCAUUUGCAACCAAGCUUUAACUUCAUGACGGAUGUCUUGAGAUGUUGCUUUAAUAUAUCCACAUAAUUUUCCUUCCUCAUGAUAUCAUCUAUUUUGUGAAGUGCACCAGUCCCUCCUGCAGCAAAGCACCCCCACAGCAUGAUGCUGCCACCCCCGUGCUUCACGGUUGGGAUGGUGUUCUUCGGCUUGCAAGGUAUCCCCUUUUUCCUCCAAACAUAACGAUGGUCAUUAUGGCCAAACAGUUCAAUUUUUGUUUCAUCAGACCAGAGGACAUUUCUCCAAAAAGUACAAUCUUUGUCCCCAUGUGCAGUUGCAAACAGUAGUCUGGCUUUUUUAUGGCGGUUUUGGAGUAGUGGCUUCUUCCUUGCUGAGCGGCCUUUCAGGUUAUGUCGAUAUAGGACUCGUUUUACUGUGGAUAUAGAUACUUUUGUACCUGUUUCCUCCAGCAUCUUCACAAGGUCCUUUGCUGUUGCUCUGGGAUUUAUUUGCACUUUCGCACCGAAGUACGUUCAUCUCUAGGAGACAGAACGCGUCUCCUUCCUGAGCUUUAUGAUGGCUGCGUGGUCCCAUGGUGUUUAUACUUGCGUACUAUUGUUUGUACAGAUGAACGUGGUACCUUCAGGCAUUUGGAAAUUGCUCCCAAGGAUGAACCAGACUUGUGGAGGUCUACAAAUUUUUUUCUGAGGUUUUGGCUGAUUUCUUUUGAUUUUCCUAUGAUGUCAAGCAAAGAGGCACUGAGUUUGAAGGUAGGCCUUGAAAUACAUCACAGGUACACCUCUAAUUGACUCAAAUGAUGUCAGUUAGCCUAUCAGAAGCUUCUAAAGCCAUGACAUCAUUUUCUGGAAUUUUCCAAGCUGUUUAAAGGCACAGUCAACUUAGUGUAUGUAAACUUCUGACCCACUGGAAUUGUGAUACAGUGAAUUAUAAGUGAAAUAAUCUGUCUGUAAACAAUUGUUGGAAAAAUUACUUGUGUCAUGCACAAAGUAGAUGUCCUAACCGACUUGCCAAAACUAUAGUUUGUUAACAAGAAAUUUGUGGAGUGGUUGAAAAACGAGUUUUAAUGACUCCAACCUAAGUGUAUGUAAACCUCCGACUUCAACUGUAGAAUAAUAUUAUAGGUGAAGUCAGAAGGUGUUCCUAAUUCUAAAAUGGAUUUAAAAAAUGUUAUGUUUGACAUUUUUGCAAAUGUAUAAAAAAUAAAAAAUAUCACAUUUACCUAAGUAUUCAAACCCUUUACUCAGUACUACGUUGAAGCACCUUUGGUAGCGAUUACCGCCUCGAGUCUUCUUGGCACACAUGUAUUUGGGGAGUUUCUCCCAUUCCUCUCUGCAGGUCCUUUCAAGCUCUGUCAGGUUGGAUGGGGAGCAUUGCUGUACAGCUAUUUUCAGGUCUCUCCAGAGAUGUUAGAUCGGGUUCAAGUCCGGGCUCUGGCUGGGCCACUCAAGAACAUUCAGAGACUUGUCCCAAAGCCACUCCUGCGUUGGGGCGGCAGGUAGCUUAGUGGGUAAGAGCGUUGUGCCAGUAACCAAAAGGUCGCUGGUUCUAAUCCCUGAGCCGACUAGGUGAAAAAUCUGUCGAUGUGCCCUUGAGCAAGGCACUUAACCCUAAUUGCUCCUGUAAGUCGCUCUGGAUAAGAUCGUCUGCUAAAUGACUAAAAUGUAAAUGUCUUGGCUGUGUGCUUAGUGUCGUUGUCUUAUUGGAAGGUGAACCUUCGCCCCUGUUUGAGGUCCUGAGCGCUCUAGAGCAGGUUUUCAUCAAGGAUCUCUCUGUACUUUGCUCCGUUCAUCUUUCCCUCAAUCCUGACUAGUCUCCCAGUCCCUGCCGCUGAAAAACAUCCCCACAGCAUGAUGCUGCCACCACAAUGCUUCACAGUAGGGAUGGUGUCAGGUUUCCUCCAGACGUAACGCUUGGCAUUCAGGCCAAAGAGUUCAAUAUUGGUUUCAUCAGACCAGAGAAUCUUGUUUCUCAUGGUCUGAGAGUCCUUUAGGUGCCUUUUGGCAAACUCCAAGCGGGCUGUCAUGUGCCUUUUACUGAGGAGUGGCUUCCGUCUGGCCACUCUACCAUAAACGUCUGAUUGGUGGAGUGCUGCAGAGAUGAUUGUCCUUCUGGAAGGAUCUCCCAUCUCCACAGAGGAACUCUGGAGCUCUGUCAGAGUGACCAUCGGGUUCUUGGUCACCUCUCUGACCAAGGCCUUUCUUCCCCGAUUGCUCAGUUUGGCCAGGUGGCCAGCUCUAGGAAGUCUUGGUGGUUCCAAACUUCUUCCAUUUAAGAAUGAUGGAGGCCACUGUGUUCUUGGGGACCUUCAAUGCUUUAGAAUGUUUUUGGUACGCUUCCCCAAAUCUGUGCCUCAACACAAUCCUGUCUCGGAGCUCUACGUACAAUUCCUUCGAUCUCAUGGCUUGGUUUUUGCUCUGACAUGCACUGUCAACUGUGGGACCUUAUAUAGACAGGUGUAUGCCUUUCCAAAUCAUGUCCAAUCUACAGGUGGACUCCAAUGAAGUUGUAGAAACAUCUCAAGGAUGAUCAAUGGAAAUAGGAUGCACCUGAGCUCAAUUUCGAGUCUCAUAGCAAAGGGUCUGAAUACAUAUGUAAAUAAGGUAUUCAUUUCUGUUUUUUAUUUGCAAAAAUUCCUAAAACACAGUUUUCGCUUUGUCAUUAUGGGUUAUUGUGUGUAGAUUGAUGAGGAAAACAAUUUAUUUAAUCCAUUUUAGAAUAAGGCUGUAAUGUAACAAAGUGGGAAAAAGUCAAUACUUUCCGAAUGCACUGUAUGUAUGUGUGUAUGUAUAUAGAGAAAACAAAUACUGAGAUAUAUUGUAUGCUCAAAAAAAGGGACAAUUAUUUUAUUCUAAUACAAUUCCUCAGAGAAAUAGAUUUUGUUUAACAAAUAAUAAAAUAAAAUAGACUCACAGAAAGUUAAACAGUAAACAGACUAUCUUGGAAGACAUAAAUGUCUGGUGGGCAUGAUGAAGUACCAGGUGAAUAAUAUAGAACUGAGUGUUAUGUUUAUGAGACCAUGCUUUUAUUUUGGAAUCCACAACCCCUUAUGAACCCCCCCCCCCCCCUCGGUUUAUUGGCAUGGGACCGACAUCAUUAAGGGACUUCAUGACAGAACACCAAGCAGCUAUCAUGUCACGCCAUAGAGACAUUUUCCAUUAGUUAUCCCAAUAACUAGUUCUCCUACUGUUCUGGUUCUGUCUGUGAGAUUUGGUCAUUCUGUUCUGUAUAUUCUCCUCAGCCCCAUGAUAACAAUGAGCGUAAGGAUUGA